AUGAUUCACUUCAGUGACCACGAGAAGGAGCUCAUCACCAGCCUGUGGGGCCAGGCUGAUGUGGAGAACAUUUGUUCUGAUUCCCUCAUCAGGCUGUUGAUGGUCUACCCUUGGACCCGGAGAUAUUUCCAUCACUUUGUUAACAUCCAUGAUGCCCAGGCCAUCAUCCACAAUCUACAAGUCAAGUCUCAGGGCAAGAAAGUGCUCCAUGCAUUUGGGGAAGUUGUGAAGCACCUGGAUAACAUCUAGGACCCCUUUGCCACCCUGAGCAAGCUGCACUGUGAGAAGCUGCACGUGGACCCCAAGAACUUCAAGCUCCUGGGAGACAUCAUCGUACUAAGCCUGGCUGCCCACUACCCCCACAACUUCACUGUGGAGGUCCACGCUGCCUACCAGAAGCAGGUGAGGGCAGUGGUUGAAGCUCUGUCCUCUGAGUACCACUAA